UCACGACACCCGGACCAGCCACACAUACAGUGAAAACAGAUGGGGACCAAAUGCCUGUCAGAUGUUUUCUGACUCCAUUCAAACCUCCAUUGCACAAAAAACAGCAACAACCGGGCGUUCAAGCAACAACUUUUUCCUUACUCCACAGUGAGGCAGUAUGUCUGCUGGACAGGAGAAUCAACAAGACCCUACAUGUCACAGGGGAGCUGCUGUGUUUUUCUCCAACCCUCUGAUGGGUGAGGUUGAAUCAGACUGGUCUCCAAUUCAUGAUGCUGCGUUUAACGGACGCCUUCUUGCUCUGCACAGACUCAUCGCUCAGGGUUCAAGUGUAAACCUGAGCACUCUGGAUCAGGUGACUCCACUCCAUGGAGCCUGCAUGAAAGGAAACAUGGCAUGUGCACGGCUUCUGGUGGAAAACGGGGCAAAUGUAAAUAUUUCCACGCUGGAUGGACAAACUCCUCUGUCAGAAGCCUGUGCUGGUGGUCAUGUGACCUGUGUAUCCCUGCUUCUAAAACACGGAGCAAUCCCUGUGGGGAACAGCCAGACCAGCUCUCCAAUCCACAGGGCAGCAGCAAAAGGUCACUCAGAGUGCAUCGAGAGUCUCGUUCAGCACGGUGCAGAUGUGGAUCAUUACACCGCCCAAUCAGGUUCCUCUCUACAUGUGGCCUGCUCCAAUCAGCAACUGGGUGCUGUGAGGAAACUGCUUCUACUUGGUGCCGCUGUGAACAACCAUGUGUCUGGAGACUCUGCGCUGCACAUCGCUGCUCGUCUUUCCUGCCCUGAGCUGGUGUCUGUCCUGCUCGACCACGGGGCCGACGGCUCCCUCAGGAACUCAGAGGGCAAACAGCCGCUGGACCUGGCAGCUCCAAACAGCCUGGUGGAGAGGCUGCUGAGACAAGGAGGAGUGUCUCCUCUGAAGCAGCUUUGCCGGCUGCACAUCAGGAAAACUGUGGGGAAGCAGAGACUGGGUGGGAUUCAGCACAUCCACCUUCCCACAGAAUUGAAAAGGUAUCUUCUGUACCAAUCACACCCAGGGGAGGAUUUGAUGGACUGAGAAAUCUCCCCUCUCAUAUUUCACUUCCUGGCCACCAGGGGGGGUGCUUACACAAUCUGGCUGAGAGAGGGCGACAUCAUGGCUCCUGUAGAUAAUUACUGAUAAUCUUCCUGUGUGACAGAUCUCUGUAAACAAACCCGCUCACAUGAUCAAUCUGGACUUUUCAGUGAAAACUCUGGAGUCUUGGAGGAAGAUUUUGUCAUUAAAUUUUCAUUAAAGAUAUACAUAUUUAAUAGGAAAAUGAGAGCAACACAACUUCUGUUACAUGAUGAAUAAUUGAUGCAAAAAAAAAUA